UCCAGACAGCGUCUCUGUUUCUCUGAAGAAACAACUGAAUCCAGCAGCUUCUUCUCGACAACACAGCAGAACCUCUGCAAACACUGAGAGUGACACACCCUCACUCACAGAGCUACACUGAGAGGAGGAGCACUGAAACAGGAGAGCUUCAACAACUUCACAGAAGCGAAAGUGAAACUUAGUGAGAGCAGAGCUGCGGUCCAGACAGCGUCUCUGUUUCUCUGAAGAAACAACUGAAUCCAGCAGCUUCUUCUCCACAACACAGCAGAACCUCUGCAAACACUGAGUGUAGACAUGUCUGCUGCCAGCAGUCUGCUGACUGAAGAUCAGUUUCUGUGCUCCAUCUGUCUGGAUGUGUUCACUGAUCCAGUCAGCACACCAUGUGGACACAACUUCUGUAAAGCCUGCAUCUCUGAACACUGGGAUAGAAAUGUCCCGAGUCAGUGUCCUAACUGCAAAGAGGUGUUCAACAUAAAGCCUGAGCUGCAGGUCAACACUUUCAUCUCUGAGAUGGCUGCUCAGUUCAGACAGUCAGCUCAACAGAAAGCCAGCAGCAGCAGCUCAGAGCAACAAGUCUUCAAACCAGGAGAAGUUCCCUGUGACGUCUGCACUGGAACCAGACUGAAGGCCCUGAAGUCCUGCCUGGUGUGUCUGGAGUCCUACUGUGAAACUCACCUGGAGCCUCACCUGACAAGGCCAGGCCUGAAGAAACAUCAGCUGAUCGACCCUCUGGAGAACCUGGAAGCCAGGAUGUGUGUGAAGCACGAUAAACUGCUGGAGCUGUUCUGUAAGACCGACCAGGUGUGUGUCUGCAUGCUCUGCACUGUUUCAGACCACAAGACACAUGAUGUUGUUCCUCUGAAAGAAGGAUAUAAAGGAAAGAAGGCAGAGCUGGGGAAGACAGACGCUGAAAUUCAGCAGAUGAUCCAGAAGAGACGACUGAAGAUUCAGGAGAUGAAUCGCUCAGUGCAUGUUAGUAAGGAAGGAGCAGACAGAGAGAUAGCAGAUGGUGUUCAGGUCUUCACCGCUCUGAAGAAGUCUGUUGAGAGAAGCCAGGCCGGGCUCAUCAACACCAUCAAAGAGAAGCAGAGAAAGACAGAGGAACAGGCUAAAGGCUUCAUCAAAGAGCUGGAACAGGAAAUCUCUGAGCUGAAGAAGAGAAGCUCUGAGGUGGAGCAGCUCUCACGCUCUGAAGACCAGCUCCACCUCCUCCAAAGCUUCAAGUCCCUGAACGCUGCUCCACCCACCAAGAACUGGACAGAAGUCAGGGUCCAUCCUUCAUAUGAGGGGACUGUGAGGAGAGCUGUGACUCAGCUGGAGGAGACGCUCAGGAAACAGAUGAAGAAGCUGCUUGAGGUGGAGCUGAAGAGGGUCCAGCAGUAUGAUGUGGAGGUGACUCUUGAUCCUGAUACAGCACAUCCCAACCUUAUCCUGUCUGAUCAUAGAAAACAAGUUAAACAUGGUGAUGUGAAGAAGAAUCGUCCAGACAAUCCAGAGAGAUUUGAUUAUUCUCACCGUGUUUUAGCAAAGCAGAGUUUCUCUUCAGGAAGAUUUUAUUACGAGGUUCAGGUUAAAGGAAAGACUCAGUGGGAUUUAGGAGUGGCCAGAGAGUCGAUCAACAGGAAGGGAAACAUCGUACAGUCUCCUCAAAAUGGUUACUGGGUGAUAGUGUUGAGGAAUGAAAAUGAUUAUCAAGCUCGUACUGGUCCUCCAGUUGGUCUCUCUCUGAAGUCUCAGCCUAAGAAGGUGGGGGUGUUUGUGGAUUAUGAGGAGGGUCUGGUCUCCUUUUAUGAUGUUGAUGCUCCAGCUCUGAUCUACUCCUUCACUGGCUGCUGCUUCAAAGAGAAACUCUACCCAUACUUUAGUCCCUAUUCUAACGAUGGUGGUAAAAACUCUGCCCCUCUGAUCAUCUCUCCUGUCAAUCACACUAAGUAGAACAACCAUUUGAUUUUCUACAGAAAGAGACACUAAAUGUAAUAAAUGUAUUCAACGGGGGAAGUACAUUGUGAACAUUGUUAUUUUUUCAGAAUCUGAUCAGAGAUGUUUUACCUUGAUGAUACAAAUAAACACACCUAAAAUACUGAUGAUUAUGUUCUAAUGUAAUCUACUUCAUUCUACGGAUUGCACUACCUGCUGUCAUGACUCACAAUGAUCAGAAAACAAUGUAUUAAACAAUAAAUAUUUGCCACUUCUUACAAUUUCUGGGUGAAAUAAAAUGUAAAUAUUUGAUAAAGUUGUGUGUACAAAACGUGUUUCAUACUAGCUUAAAUAACUAGUGGAAGUAAUGCACUCCUUUUUCAUUAGUAAAAUACUGUAUAUACAAUUUUCUUUUUAAUCAUUUUAAAUUGAGGGAAAAAUGAUGGGUGUUUCUGAUAUGUUUUAAAGGGUAGAUUCAGGAUUCAUGCUUUAAUUACAGUAUAUUGGUACAAAAUGUAUUGACAGUUACUUGUGUUGAGUCUAUUUGUAUAUAACAUUACAAGGUUGAUUCUUAUUAUUACAUUAUAUGCUUAUUGAGCUCAUGAGAUGUUGCUAUGACGAUGGAAUAAAUAGACACAAUCAUCAAUCCCAGGUUCUGAUGGGUUGGAUAUUAAACGAAGGGAAAAGUCUUAGAAGAAAGUUUAGCUGCAUUUAGACCAGGUGCCUAUACUACAAAGCAAGAUUUUAUUUUUUUAUUUAGUCAACCGGAUAACUCAAAACAUAUCCAGGAUAUGUUGAACUAGAUUCGUAGUAUACCCCCCUGGUGCAGACACUGUGGAGACAAAGAGUUAUUGAGAACAGGAGAUCGCCCUGGCCUUGAACAGUGUGAGCUCCUCGCCUACGCAUAACUGGGAACUAGUAUAAUGGAAGAUUCCCAAUAUCUAUUGCAGAAGCUUUAGCAAAACAAAUUACGUAGGAUAGCGUGACUAGAGUAGGGAGGAACCUUCACCGGCCGGCCGAAUGCUGAUUGGAGUUUGUGUUGCCAAGAGACUUUGUCCAAGUCUGUGCACCAACAAGGGAGGCCAAAGUCUAAACCACGGUCCUCCCCUUCUAGUCUCAACCAAUCAUAAAUGUACGGGCAGCGCCCUGAAUAAUAAAAUAUAUGCACGCACAAGGUUCAAGGCUUUUUGAUGGAUAUAGUGGUUACAGAUUACAGCUUUGCUGCCUGUGAUUUCUUUGACCUGACGGAGUCCUUGGCCAAGUGAAAUAUAUAUCUGUUGCUCUCUUUUAAUAAAUAGUUGAACUUA